GCCGCGCUUCGCCUGGCUUUCUGUUUUCCUCGGUACAAUGUGAAUUCCUGCGUACCUGUCUGAACAAGGGCGGACUGAGCGCUGUGGGGAAAGAGGAGUGUAGGGAAGAGGGAGAAACGGAGAAGAUCAGUUAGAAGGGGAGUUUAUUUUGUGUGUCUCGGGGCGUCCCGUGCCGAUCCCGUCGGAUUAUUCUUUGACUGGGCGGACACGUCAGCCAGCAGCUUUGGUGCAUUUAUAGCAUGGAUGCCAUCAUGCUGCAGGAGAAACUAGUGGAACGACUCCUGUGCCCGCGAGUGAGAACGGCCAGACAGAAGGAGAAGCAAUAUGUGGGCUUCGCCACUCUUCCCAACCAAGUCCAUAGGAAGUCGGUGAAGAAAGGCUUCGAUUUCACUCUCAUGGUGGCAGGCGAAUCGGGCAUGGGCAAGUCCACUCUGGUCAACAGCUUGUUCCUCACAGACCUCUACAAAGACAGGAAGCUGCUGAAUGCUGAGGAGCGCAUCAACCAGACAGUGGAGAUCAUCAAACAUACCGUGGACAUCGAGGAGAAAGGAGUCAAGCUCAAGCUCACCAUCGUCGACACGCCGGGCUUCGGGGACGCCGUCAACAACAACGAGUGUUGGAAGCCCAUCACAGACUACAUCGAUCAGCAGUUUGAGCAGUACUUCCGUGACGAAAGUGGCCUCAAUAGGAAGAACAUCCAGGACAACCGGGUCCACUGCUGCCUUUACUUCAUCCCUCCAUUUGGCCACGGGUUGCGUCCAGUGGAUGUUGAGUUCAUGAAAGCGCUGCACGAAAAGGUGAACAUCAUCCCGCUCAUCGCCAAAGCCGACUGCCUCACUCCCAGCGAAAUCAAGAAGCUGAAGGACCGAAUACGAGAAGAAAUAGACAAGUUUGGCAUCAAAGUAUAUCAGUUCCCUGAAUGCGACUCAGAUGAGGAUGAGGAGUUCAAGCAACUAGACAAAGAGCUGAAGGAGUGCACCCCAUUCGCCGUGAUUGGCAGUAACACAGUGGUGGAAGCCAGAGGGCAGCGAGUGCGAGGGCGACUGUACCCCUGGGGAAUUGUUGAAGUGGAAAACCAAUCCCACUGUGACUUUGUGAAGCUGAGGAACAUGCUGAUCCGCUCGCACAUGCACGAUCUCAAAGACGUCACCUGCGACGUCCACUAUGAGAACUACAGAGCGCAGUGCAUACAGGAGAUGACAAGCAAACUGGCACAGGACAACCGCAUGGAGAGUCCCAUCCCCAUCCUGCCACUGUCCACCCCGGAUGUGGACACUGAAAAACUGAUCAAAAUGAAAGAUGAGGAGCUGAAGAGGAUGCAGGAGAUGCUGACUAAAAUGCAGCAGCAGAUGCACGAGAAAGACUAGCAAUGACAGCAGUCAUUGAACGCAACACAACGCGGAUUUUAUUUAGUGGCUGUACAUUUACGUUCAGUUUGGUGCUUUUGUAUAACUCGUCUGCCUGAAUGCUUGUUUUAGCCAACUUUCCCCAACUGUAGUUUAACAAUAUAAAAGUCUAAUUUAAAUCACUCAUCAGUGUACCUAAUUUAUAAAUACAAUACUAAACUCAUUUGGAUAUUUUGUCAGGGUAAGACUUUGUGUGGUAUUAAGAUUUGAAUGGUGUUUUUCUAUUCAGUGUGUGUGGGUGUAUGUUUGUGUUAUUAAGUCUUCUGGUGUCCAUAAUAUCCCCGUCAGUCUUUGCACAAUUGCUUUCCAUUUAUUUAAAUUUGGCUGAUGAUCACGAGGAAUGCAUUAUUUAUAUCAAUUUAAGAUGUAGAGCAGCUUUUUUUUCUUUCUUUUUUUGGCAUUGGCUGGCUGGUUUAAAACUGCACUUAUUGCCAGAGGUCAAUUAUUAACUGUGAACGCAUGUAGUAAUAAUAAUAAUUCUGAUGACAGGAUGCUCGCGUCAGCAUGCUGCUGCUACUUGUAUCUGCUUAACACUCUCCACUGCUUCGCAGCUGAAAUUUUUUUUUGUGUGUGUCUAAACUUUUUAAGACCUUUAUUUUUUUUUUGCUUUUGUGGACGAGCAAAUACUGUCGUUGAUGCUUCAGAUUUUUUUUUUUUUUUUUUUUGAAAGUGUGAAUUGUGCCCAUGAAGAAGAGUGAAUGAGUGCAAAUGGAGGAAAAGUGCAUCUUCCUUCUGUCUGACAUGACAAAUAAUAAAUAUGUUUUUGUCAUUCUGGAAA